CGUUACGACCUGUGUGUACGAGUCCAACUAUAGCCGACCGCGGGGCCCGCGGGAUGACCUGUGUGUAUGAGUGCGGCACAUUUCGCGGCGCGAUGCCCCGUUCAGUGGCGUCACUUCCGCGGCGCGUACUGCCGUCUUCUAGGACCACCGUACGUUGCAUUCCAUGAGAUACCAUUCGCGGCACCACCUGUUGGAGAACUUAGAUUUAAGGAUCCAGAACCACCUGUUCCAUGGACAGGUAUCAGAAACUGCACUACACCUAACGGAAAGUUCUGCACACAGACAGUAGAUGCGUCGUCAGACUAUAUUUUCGGAAGCGAGGAUUGCCUUUACCUGAAUGUUUAUACCAAUUCUCUUAAUCAAUCAAAGCCAGUGAUAUUUUGGAUUCAUGGCGGUGGAUUCCAACAAGGAACCGGAAGUUUCAAAUUCAUCAGACCUGAUUAUUUAAUAACAAAAGAUGUCGUCGUUGUUACAGUUAACUAUAGACUGGGUCUAUUCGGUUUCCUAAACCUGGGACACCGAGUCGCUCCCGGAAACCAGGGUAUGAAGGACGUAAUUGCAGCGUUGGAGUGGGUCAAGGAGAAUAUUGCCAAAUUCGGAGGAGAUCCGAACAAUGUCACGAUCGCUGGACAAAGCGCUGGCUCAGUAAUAGCUCAUGCGUUAACAUUGUCGCCGAGAGCGAAAGGACUCUUCCACAAAGCGAUCUUACAAAGUGGAUUGUUGACAUGCAAGUGGGGUCUUGGCCAGAGUCUUCCAGAACGUGGUUUUAAAUUUGCAUCCCUCCUUGGAAUAAACUCUACCGACCCUGAAGAAAUUGUUGAAAAACUACGCAAGAUAUCCGAUAAAGAUAUUGUCAAGGCUUAUGAACAUUUUGAGUUCAACAAAGAGCAUUACUAUCUCUAUAGAAUGAAAUUUGGAUUGAAUUACGAUGACGUAGCAGAAAAUCCUGUCUUACCAUUACCAAUUGAACAAUUGAGUUCAAACGAUGUCGACAUACCUGUUCUGGCUGGAUACUUAUCAGGCGACAGCCUUAUGUUUUUUAAUGACAUAAGCCAGAAUGCGUUGGACAAUUACAAUAUGUAUAUACCCGACUAUGUGAAAGUCAUGGGGGAUGUUGCAAAUUUAGGACCUAAAGAACAAGGAGAAUUAUUGAAGUUUGUCGAGAACCAAUUUUUUAACGGGCAACCAGUUACUGCUGACAAUAUGGACAAGUUUAUACGUUUCGUAUCAAGCAUUUAUUUCACAGUUCCCUAUAAAAUAUACACUGAAGGUCGUGUGAACAGGGCAUUGAAGCCUACUUACCUUUACAGGUUUUCAUAUCUCGGUAACGAACCGACAUUCGCAGAUCUUAUGAUGAAACGAAUUCUUAAAGUGGCAACUCAUAUGGACGAAUUGGCAUACUUAUUGUACUCGCCUCCUUGCAAAUCUAAAAACCUUGACCCACCAGCGAUUGGUACGAAGGAUAGAAGUCUAAUUGAAUUUCUAUGUACGACGUGGUCCAACUUCGCUAGGACGGGGAAUCCUACUCCAUGUCACGAUGAUGUCGUCAAGAUCACUUGGGAACCGAUGACGAAGGAGAAUCGUUGCUAUUUAGAAAUUGGCGAUUCUAUUGAUAUGUUACCCAUGACGACGGAUUUAAUUAACUUAAUCUGAGUUCUCGCAGUCGAUUUACAAUGAAAUUUGUUAUUAAGAAAAUGGAAUUAUGCGAAACUUGCAUUAAAUAAUAAUGUAUCCCCGACAGAUAUUUAUUUACUA